AUGAGUAAUAUUCGAGCAAAUUCGGCUCCCGAUUUACUUCCUUCUUCAACAUCUACUAACCGGCGUGAUCAUUCAAGUUUAGAAGGUGUGGCUGCAAAUGUAAAAUUAUUGUUAAAAUUAAUCCAAGAUCACAAUGAGGCGUGUGCAAAAGAGAAGAAUGAUAGCCGGAGAAUGCUAAGGGUGGCUGGAAUGAUGACCAUUCUGGACAAUGUUAGAACCCGAAUUCAAAAAUGUCAGUCUUUUGGGUUGAAAAAGGAAGCUGAGCUGAGACGGUGCAAUACUGAUGUUAAGUCUAGCAAUGUCCCAAUGGAUAAAAGGAUCAUGGAGCCUAUAGCUGAUGAGAAGGAAAAGUUAAGAAGAAAGCUCGCGGGUAGCUUGGCAGCACGAAAGAGCCUCGAAAUCAUGUGUUCUAGCUUGGGAAAGGAGAAGGAGAUCAUGGCAGCAGAGCUAUCCAGAAAGGUUCAUGAAUUAACUGGAAUGGAGGAACUCAUCAAUGACCUCAAAGCGCAGAACGAGACAUUGUUGGAGAGAGUACACGAGUGUGCUGCACAACACAAGAGUGGCGGCGGAUUGGAGAGACAGGGACAAGUAUACGCAGCCCUGCAAGAGCGGAACAGGGCACUCUCAGAGCAACUACUAAGGUCUCUUGACGGGUAUAAAUCCAUGAAGAGGAAGCUAAGAGAAGCCAAAGAGGAGAAUGGUGCAAUGCGAGGGACAAUGGAGGAAAUGGUGGCGGAAGUUGGAGCUGGCCUCGAACGAAUUCGUAGCUUCAAACAACGGAUCACCACCGGGAGUGAACCAGGAAUUGAUAUUGAAGAGGAGGAGAUUUCGCAGUUGGAGAAUAUGUUUGAAUGCUUCGAAGUGAAGUUAACGAAACAUGGGCAGAACACAGGCGAAUGUGUUAAACCCAAGGGUGAGAUCAAUGCUAGUCAGCCUUCGGUUCUUGCAUAAUCACAUACGAGUACAAUAACUGAAAUUGUUAACGAACUUAAUUUCAGGCUGGCCUCACCUUUGACAUGGUUUUAUCAGUUGUAAUUAAGGUGUCAACAAAGGAGGGAUUAGUGAGGUUGUACAUAUUAUUUAUAUGCUAUGACUAGAUUAAUUUUGUUGCCUACUUAUUGCCCCUAAAUACUUGUAUGAUCCCCCAUUUUUCUUGUGUUUUCUUGGCAGCCAAACAGAGUUAAUGAGAGUUUCCUGCUCUUUUACCAUUAACUAUAAUCACAGCAACCUUUGGUCUUUUUCUUUCAA